CUCUCUCUCUCUCCAUACCCAAGGUGAUACAAGAUGCCCUUCAACGGUGAAAAGCAGUAUGUGAGCGAGGACCAGCAGAGCGACUCGGAGUCUUCUCGGUUCUCCGAGAGCAUGGCUUCACUCAGUGACUAUGAGUGUUCCAGGCAGAGCUUCACCAGCGAGUCCUCCAGCAAAGCCAGCUCUCCUGCCUCAACAAGCCCUCCUAGGGGCGUAAUGUUUGAUGACGUGAUGGCUGCAGCAAAGAACUUGUCCGACAUGACUCUUGCUCAUGAAAUAGCUGUGAAUGAGAACUUCCAGUUGGAGAAAAAUGCCCUCCCAGAGAACAGCCUUGCUGGUCAAGUGAAGCGUGUUGUUCACCAGGCCUUCUGGGAUGUCCUGGAAGCAGAUCUCACUGCGGAGCCUCCCCAGUAUGAAUAUGCCAUCAAACUGUUUGAAGAAAUCAGAGAGAUUCUUCUGUCUUUCCUCACUCCUGGUGGAAACAGGCUUCACAACCAGAUCUGUGAGGUCUUGGACAUUGACCUCAUUAGACAGCAGGCUGAGCACAGUGCUGUGGACAUCCAGGGUCUGGCCAACUACGUCAUCAACACGAUGGGAAAGAUAUGUGCUCCCGUGAGAGAUGAAGAUAUCAGAGAGCUGAAGGCUACCACCAACAUAGUGGAGAUGAUGAGACAGAUCUUCCGUGUCUUGGACCUCAUGAGGAUGGACAUGACGAAUUUUGUCAUUAGGAAUGUUAGACCGCACCUUCAGCGUCAUUUGGUGGAAUAUGAGAGAAACAAAUUCCAGGAGAUUUUAGAAGAAACUCCAGAUGCCCUCAGUAAAACUACGGAGUGGCUAAAAGAGUCCAUAGAUGAAGGAUUGCUUUCUGAGACUGCUGCAGCUCCCGGAGCUGACCAUAGUCCCACGGCAAGCCUAAGCCCUCUGCUGGUGCUAAAUAAUUGUUACUUGAAACUACUUCAGUGGGAUUAUCAGAAAAAAGUCUUACCAGAGACACUCAUGACAGAUGGAACACGACUUCAGGAGCUGACAGAAAAGCUGAAUCAACUGAAGAUGAUUGCCUGUGUGUCCCUAAUUACCAACAACAUGGUGGGCGCUAUCACAGAAGGCCUGCCCGAGCUUGCAAACAGGUUAAAAAGGAUUUCAGCUGUUCUCCUCGAUGGCAUGAAUAAAGAGGCCUUUAACCUGAAGGAAGCCCUGAAUUCCAUUGGUGUUCAGACGUGCACUGAAGUUAACAAGGCCCUGAAAGAGAGAGGCUCGCCCGCCUUAAAUGCUGACAUUCAAGCCAAUCUUGUCGGCCAGUUUUCAAGCCUUGAGGAGAAGGACAACCCUGUGUGUGUUUUGAUGGAUAAACGGAUCCAGUUGUACAUGAAGAGCCUGCUCUGUCUUCCAGUCACUCAGAAGAGCAUGCCUCCCAUGCCAGGCGGCCUUGAUGUCAUUCAGCAGGAGCUGGAAGGGCUUGGCUGCCAGUACGCAAACAUUGUGAAUCUCAACAAACAGGUGUAUGGACCAUUUUAUGCAAAUAUAUUCCGAAAGCUGCUCUUCCAGGAUGAAGCCAUGGGGAAGACAGAUGCUUCACUUCCAGCUAACUAAAAAGAAAUGGGCACUGGAGAAGAGAUGGAGAUCAGCACUCGAUAC